CAAACCAACCCUGUACCGCAAACGUUUUGCAUACAACAAAAUUUGCCGGCAUAAAAUACUCUAAUUUUAAUUGAAUAUCCAAGAAAUGAAGCUAGUAAGAUUUUUGAUGAAACUCAGUCAUGAGACUGUAACUAUUGAAUUAAAAAAUGGCACCCAAAUUCAUGGAACAAUUACUGGAGUGGAUGUGGCUAUGAACACGCAUCUGAAAAGUGUUAAGAUGACCAUAAAGAACAGAGAUCCCGUGCACUUGGAGUCACUAAGCAUUCGUGGUAACAACAUCCGAUAUUUCAUUUUGCCGGAUAGCUUGCCGCUGGAGACUUUGCUUAUAGACGACACUCCAAAAUCAAAAACCAAAAAGAAGGACAGCGGUCGUGUUGGUAGUCGUGGCAGAGGACGUGGAGCCCGUGGUCGUGGAGGCCCUAGGGGGCGUGGAAGGGGCAGAGGGGCAUCAGGUCGACGCUAAAUAUAACAUCAAAUUUUAUUACUAAAAGCUACAAAAAACUAUAGUAAUAUAAUUAAUUUUAUUUUAUAUUUUGGAUGCCAAUCGCGGUCAAGAGCAAAAGCGUUCUUUACAAAACGAUACCGUUGUCACGGAUAGUCGAACUACAACUAAUCAGUUGGGUUAACAGUUGAAGAAACCUUAAUAUAUGUAUUUUUAUAAACAAAAAAGAAGUUUAAUAAAUCUGCGUGCAGAUCCAGCUACCCGUGCGCCUACCAAUAAUAAUAUUGAAUUAACUAAGCCCAGAAAUAUACUUCAUUAUAUCGAGGUGAAUCUUCAUAUUCUCAGGAAAGAAGUUUUAGCUUUGCAUACACAAAGUCUAAUAUUUGGAAUUAAUCGGAAACGAAUUCAUAGUUUAUGAACUCUUUUUGUUAUGAUAUAUGUACUAUUUGUAAAUUAGUAAUAAAUACCAACACUAAA